AACAGAACAAAAUUGUAUAGUGAAAGAAAAUUAAAAGUGGUCUACUCCGAUCCAACCGGAAAUGAGCAGGAAAAGGUUGAAUGAUGAUCCACCACAGGGAAGCCCUAGAAAAAAGUGGAGGGAACUCUGCCAGGAUUACCGUUUCCAAAACACCGAGACUUAUCCCUCGAUCCGAACGGGGGAGCCACGAUGCAACCCCAACCAGGACGAAGCCAUCGCCGGGUUGGCCAACUCCCUCGCGGCUGACGACUGUGGGCGACCCUUCGACAUGGUCAAGGACGACGUUCUGCUCGCUUGGCAGCAGAGUCCUCACAAGGACACGUUGGGCUUCUAUGGCGUAGGGUCGCCCACCCAUCAGCCCGAGUCGGUGGUGUUCAACCGGGUGCUCGCAGCCUGCCUGGUCAAGGUCAGCUGUGGUGGCAGUCGGCGACGUCGCCCCAAAAAGACAAGGUCGCCACCCCCGAGGACAGGAGCAGCAGGAAAUAUCUUUAAGCCUCAGCUUUGUAAUCCCCUCAUCCUCAACCGAAAGGCAUUGCAGUCGGAGCUCCGAAAGAUGCCCUAUGUUAAACAACAGCUGGAACCGCUAAGAGCUUUCGAGACAGUUUAUUGCCCUGAUCCUACAGAUCCCAGCGAUCCUUUUGGAGUGUUACGCCAAAAGGACGAAAUAAGGCCCAAAAAUACCACAAAAGGUAAGCGUCGCAGGCACUGGUACUGCCCCAUGGAUUGUGACGAAGUUCGAAAUAAGUGCACUCAGUACGAGUGGACCAGGUACAAACUAGAUCCCCGUCCCCGUAACAAAGAAUUCCGGGAUUGGCUGCAGGAGCAAAGGGAGCUGCGGUGUCCGGAGCCCAAGGACUACGAUCAGCUAUACGAGAGAUUUCUCAAGUGCUUCGAGCAGAAGCCAUCUCCAGAUCCGCUUUGCAAGAUCUUCCAAAAAUGCUGCAAACCCAAGACACCACAGGAAAAUGAUAAUCAAGGGGGUGGCGAUGGGCACGAAGGAAAUGGAGAUGGUCGACAAGGUGGAGGACCUUCGAGCGAUCAAGGAAAAUCGGGUGGCGGAGAAACACCCACAAAAGGCGAGGAAAAUGGUGAAAAGGGCACUGGCGAGGAAGCUGGAGGAACCGCUGACAGCAAGGAUACAAGAGAUGGCAGAGAAAAUAAAAAUAGAAUCGAAGAAGAAUCGGAGAUAAAGAAAGUAGAAUCGGAAAUAAGGGAAGAAGAAUCGAAUACAAAGGAAAAAGACAUUCCAAAACGAAAUACACCAAGGGAACGAUUUUCCGAAAGGGAAAAACCCAGUGUGAAAACAGAUACUCCUUUAGUUCCUUUAGAGAAAGAUAACGAAAGGCCUAGUAACAGGGAAACUUCAGUGACCCACAGUAUUACUGAGAUUCCAGUACAAGAAUACGACCGGUUCGAGCCGAUAUUCCCAAAAGGCAGACUCAAGGUUCCUCAUAAGAGAAAGAAAAAGUUUAAGAAUAAAACCGUAGGCAUGGAUAAGAUCAAAAAGAUCUGCCAGCCUUGUCCACCGCCGGGUUGUCAGUGCGAUAUCUGCCAUUUUAUGGAUCGCCAUUGUAGGGAACCGGAGGCUCCCUUCAUGCGGGACAUGAGGCGGGCGGAGCAAAGGCGCCAGCAGCGGGCCUACUAUCGCCAAAUGUGCCAUCAGGAAUAUCUGCGCAAUCAGUGUCGGGAAGAGUACCGGGCGCCCAGGCACAAAUGCGAUCCCAUCCGCUGCGACAACUUCUUGUGCCGCAAUCCCCGCCUCGCCGAGCACUGCGAUUGCCUGGAAGCCGUGCAGGAGCUGCAGAAGCUUCUCUCUGGCGCCAAGGAUAACCAGGAUUGCUGCAGACUGCUACCUCGUGUAGAGAAUCUUCGGAGCCGCCUCUGCCAGCGCAUGUGCGAUUGCGUCCUGGCAUAA